GAGGAGGAGGAGGAGGUGUGUUGCUCUGUUCUAACCUCCUCUUAUUAAGUCAUGGACAUCAACGCCAGCACACCGCCUCCCUGCCCCGGCCAACAGCUGCGCCAAAUACUUCAUCUUGUCAUCCUGAGAUCGUGGAUCAUCCGGGUCCAUUCCAAAACGGAGAGAGAGGACGAAGACAGGGGAGGCACAGAGGGAGAGAGGCCUAGAAAUAUCCACUCCUGUCGUAAACCUCUGCCAGAAACAACCUGUGGAAUGCAAGAGAGCAAAGGGAGAGAUUUGAUCCAAAAUGGCGGAACGCUAUGACUGCCAUUACUGCAAGGAGUCCCUGUUUGGGAGGAAGUAUGUGCUCAGGGAAGAGAACCCCUACUGUGUGAAGUGCUAUGAGAACCUGUACUCUAACACCUGUGAAGAGUGCAAGAAGUCCAUUGGCUGCAGCAGCAGGGACCUGUCCUACAAGGACCGCCACUGGCAUGACGACUGCUUCCAUUGCUUCAAGUGUAGCCGCUCCCUGGUGGACAAACCCUUCUCCACCAAGGACGACCAGCUGCUCUGCACCGAGUGCUACUCCAACGAGUACUCCUCCAAGUGCCACGAGUGCAAGAAGACCAUCAUGCCAGGAUCCAAGAAGAUGGAGCAUAAGGGCAACAGCUGGCAUGAGACCUGCUUCACUUGCCAUCGUUGCCAGCAACCAAUCGGCACCAAGAACUUCAUCCAUAAGGAGAACAGUAACUACUGCGUGCCCUGUUACGAGAAACAGUUUGCCAUGCAGUGUAUCCAAUGCAAGAAGCCAAUCACCACUGGCGGGGUGACCUAUCAUGAUCAGCCGUGGCAUAAGGACUGCUUCCUGUGCACCGGUUGUAAGCAGCAGCUGUCUGGCCAGCGGUUCACCUCUCGGGACAACUUUGCCUACUGCUUGAACUGCUUCUGCAACUUGUAUGCCAAGAAGUGUGCCUCCUGCACCACCCCGAUCAGUGGUCUGGGUGGCAGCAAGUACAUCUCGUUUGAAGAGCGCCAGUGGCACAACAACUGCUUCAACUGCAAGAAGUGCUCCAUCUCCCUGGUGGGAAGGGGCUUUCUGAUGGCCCGCGAUGAGAUCAUGUGUCCCGAGUGCGGCAAAGAAGUCUAAAAGCUGUGUGCCAGGAUGAAGCGUCAAAGCCAGAGAAGGCAAAGAUGCAAGAGAAUAUAGUCCUGCUCCUACUAACAUUUCAUUUAUUAGAAUUAUAUAUUUAUUCAAUAAUAUACACUUCAGACUAACCCAAAGGGCCUUUCUGCAUGCACUGGCCUCAGAUUGAUACAAUAUGUUGUCUGAUGGAAUGAGCACAAAUUGCAUUAGAUUCUAAGAAAGAGAUACCAUUUUGAUGUAUUUUCAACUAAAUAACAACUUUGUCUGUGGUUUGUUACCAUUGAAAUGUUUAACUAUUGUAUUGUGUUGUAUAUGUUAGGAUAAUCAUCCGUGACAAAUAACUAUAACAGGAGUUGUACUUUUCAUUAAAGCAGUGAAAUCGAAUGAUAACAUGACAUGUACCUGCACUCUAAAUGUGAAAUAAAGUAUUUAAAAGGCA